AUGUUCCGCGCUCGGCCAAAACCGUCCGUCCGACUGAAGUCUCGGCCAAAGUCCAAAACCACUCGGCCGAUCACGCACGACCCGGGAAACAUCCCGCGGUCGGCCAAGCUCAACACUCACGCCACACCGCGCACGACCAAAGCGCGCGAGCCGGGAAACAAGCCUCGCGGCCGCGCAACCGUUCCGCGUACCACGGCCGAUGCAUCCGUCCGAGCCGGGAAAGAACGUCCCACGUCCGGCCGAGAAUUUCAUCGGCCAAUUCAUCCGCUCGACCACGCCGGCCGACCGCGAAUCCAUCCGACCCCGACCGUUCCGACUCGCCCACGACCCGAUUCCGGCCGAUCGUCCCGCACGACCGUCCCAACGCCGCGGUCGACCCGAAGCCCUUUUGAAGCCCAAACUUAUGUUUUCAAGCCCGGCUUAACCCUAGCCGCCUCUAGAAAGACCUAG